AUGUCGCAGCAAGCACCUUUGACACCUUUUGAAAAUGCGCUCGCUGGUGCACUAGGGGGUGUUUUUUCCAACGCGGUUAUAUAUCCCCUUGAUACCGUCAAGACCCAUAUCCAGGCGGACAAGAACUCGAAGAAAGAGGGAGAGAAAGUGGCAACUGGGGAUGAAAAGCGCAAGGGUGUAAAAAAGCAGCUCGGGAUUGUUGAGACGUUAAUUUCCAUUAUCCGAAGCAAGCAAGGUCCUACCGCGCUAUACCGCGGCUUUGGUGCCAGCAUGGCCAACACCUUUAUCCAACAGUUUGCCUACUUUUACUGGUAUACAUUGGUGCGCUCUUUAUACAUCCGCCGUAUUUUGGGUGUGAAGGAGGGCGCUGCGGCGCUGAGCACAGUGAUGGAGCUUACCCUGGGCGCCAUUGCGGCUGCAUUUUCGCAGCUGUUUACUACACCCGUUGGUGUGAUUGCGACGCGACAACAGAUUGGCUCUGAUGGUUCUGGGGAUAAUACCUUCGUGGGUCAUAUCAAGGAAAUUUAUGAGCACGACGGUGUCACCGGAUUUUGGCGUGGGCUGCGUCCCAGCUUGGUGCUUUGUAUCAACCCUGCGAUCACGUACGGUGUUUUUGAGCGAGCCAAAACCGUGAUUCUUGCCGCGUCUGGCGACCAGAUGACUCCUGGCAAAUCAUUCGUCAUUGGCGCCCUCUCCAAGACGCUGGCUACUAUCGUCACCUUUCCUUACAUUUUGAGCAAGGUUCGUCUCCAGACAAAGAAUACGCCGUACUUGAAUGCUUUUGAGGUUCUUGGGCAUAUUUUCAAGGAAAAGGGUAUUUCUGGUUGGUACCAGGGGAUGCAUGCUCAAAUCACCAAGGCUGUGCUGUCGCAAGCGCUCCUGUUCUACUUCCGCGAUUACUUUGAAAUCUGGACCCGCCAGCUUCUUGCCUUUUAUGGCAAGAAGCCAUGA